AUGACUUUGGCUAGCAAUUUUGGGGCAGAGACAACUGCCGAAGAAGUGGCAUCUUCUUUUCGCGACCAGAUUACUGGAAAGACAGUUCUCAUCACUGGUGUAAGCCCGAAUGGUCUUGGAGCAACUACUGCUCAGGCUCUCGCCAAGUACAGCCCAGCAAACUUGAUAUUCACGGCUCGUACAGUCUCAAAAGCCUCUGCCGUCGCCGAUACUAUCCGUACUCAACACACAGCAAUAAAGGCGCAAAUUCAUGUCGCCCAAGUAAAUUUGUCCGACUUGGAAAGCAUUCGCGAAGCAGCAGCCAACAUCCAAAAACUAACACCUGUUAUUGACAUCAUGAUUAAUAAUGCGGGAGUUAUGGCUAUCCCAGAGAGGGAGGUCACGAAACAGGGGAUCGAAGCUCACUUGGCCACCAACUUCCUUGGUCACUUCCUACUCACAACUCUCCUGUCUCCACAGCUAAAGGCGGCGGGGCCAAGGGCGCGAGUUGUCAACAUUGUGAGCGGUGGAUUCUACAUACAGCCGUUUCGCUUUAGUGACUACAACUUUGAGGGAAACAAGGAUCUUCCGCUAGAGGAGCAAGUCGAUAUUUACAAUGCAGAAAAGCUCGGCAUGGGCUGGGUAAAAGAUGCCGGCACUGGAUAUAUCCCCUUUUUGGCCUAUUCUCAAAGCAGCACAGCGCUGAUGCUGUUGACUAGAGGUUUGAAUGAGGGCUAUGCUGGAGAAAGGAUUACGGCUGUCAGCGCUGCUCCGGGAGUUGUCCUGACUGAACUUCAAAGACACCUCCCAAGCGAGUUUAGGAAUCCAAACAUGACGUAUAAGACGGCAAGCCAGGGAGUUGCCAGCUUUCUCGUUGCUGCUUUAGAUCCAAGCCUAGAGGAUCAUCCAGGAGCCUAUAUUGAUGACUGCCAGAUUAAAGAGGUGCCAAAGUACGCACAAGAAGCAGCCAUAGCUCGUAAACUCUGGGCAAUGGCUGAAUCAUGGGUCUAG